UAUCCAUCGGGCCGUGGGAGGGGUAGGGGGCUCACACUCAUAGAGGUAGCUGUUCUUCCCUUUUUCCCCUUUUAUUCUCUCUCAUUUCUGGGUAAGGUUUUUCUUGAACAUAUUUUUCUCUGUUCUUGAUCUAAAACUCGUUUUGGGUUUCAAAGUUUAAAUCUUGGAGUUUCUUUAUUAAGUGGGGUUCUUUUUCUUUCUUGAAUUUGAUUACUUUUUUGUUGAUUUGAGGAUUGGAAUGAUUUCAAUCUUUUGGAGGUUGAAGGGGGAAGUGAGAAAAGUGGAGAGAGUAUAGUAUAGCUUUGGUAUUAGAGAAGAAGAUAUUGGUAAAAAGAUCCUGUAACUAUAGUCUUUGAUGAUGAUAAUGAUGGUGAAAAUGAGCACUAUGGCUCUUUUGACCAGAGAAAAAGAGUUCAGAUAAAAGAAAAAGAUGUCCCCUCCUGUCAAAUCUUGGUUGUAAUUGUCAAUGAGCAAAAGAGAGAAGACAAAAGAGUGCAAAGACUGUUCUUUUUCUUUUCUCUUUUUUCAUCCACACGCUUCAUUUUUGCCCUCUAAAUGUGAUGUUCUUGUUGCUUUGAAGCAUACCCCUUCUUGUUCUAAAGGGGAAGAUAUUCUUUCUUAGUUUUUUAACAUUUGACUAAAAGGGUCAGUGAAAAUGCCUAUGUAUGUGCCUUCUAGGGGGAGAGUGGAGGAAUUUGAUGUUGGGGGUGGUGGGCAGGUGUUGGAUCUGGAAACUGCUGUAAAAGAUGGGAUUUUGGGUGGUGGUGGUGGGGUGGUGGUUCAUGGUGGUGCUAUAGAGAAGAAGUUGAGUCUGAGGAAAAUGAUGGAGGAGCUUGAUUCAAUUGAUGUUCCUUCAGUUUUUAUUUGUCCAAUUUCUUUGGAACCCAUGCAAGAUCCAGUAACCCUUUGUACAGGGCAAACAUAUGAGAGGUCUAAUAUUCUCAAAUGGUUCUCUUUGGGGCAUUUUACUUGUCCCACAACAAUGCAAGAGUUGUGGGAUGAUUCUAUCACUCCUAAUAGUACUCUUCACCAGCUGAUUUACAGUUGGUUUUCUCAAAAGUAUUUGGCUAUGAAAAAGAGGUCAGAGGAUGUGCAAGGAAGGGUUUUGGAGAUUUUAGAGACCUUGAAGAAGGUUAAAGGUGAGGCUAGAGUUCAAGCUUUGAAGGAGCUAAGACAAGUUGUCACUUCCCAUGACUCAGCCAAGAAAACAGUGACAGAUAACAGUGGUGUUAGUUUGAUUACUUCACUGUUAGGUCCUUUCACCAAACAUGUUGUUGCUUCUGAGGCAAUUGGUAUUUUGGUACACUUGGAUCUGAAUUCAGAUGGGAAGGCUAAUUUGAUGCAACCUAAUAAGAUUUCCCUGAUGGUGGAUACCUUGAAUGAGGGAUCCAAUGAUACCAAGAUAAAUUGUAUGAAAUUGCUCGAAUUGUUGAUGGAAGGGAAGGAUUCAGAGUGUGAUGUUUUGUCAAGCUUGAGUCUUUUUGUAGGAUUACUGAGAAUAAUCAAAGAUAAGAGACACCCUAAUGGAGUGUUGUCUGGUUUGAGAUUGCUCAAGCUGAUUUCAUCUCACGAAUCAUUGAGGAACUCAAUUGUUGGUAUUGGGGCAAUCCCCCAAUUGGUGGAAGUAUUACCCAACUUGAAUGCUGAAUGCUUAGAAUUAGCCCUGGUUAUCCUUGAAGCCUUGUCUACCCUUCCAGAGGGAGCAUUGGCGUUGAUGGAUUGUCGUAGCACCAUUCCGAAUGUGGUUAAAUUGCUCAUGAAGGUAUCAGAGAGCUGCACUCAAUUCGCGUUAUCAAUUUUAUGGGCAGUGUGCAAACUUGCCCCAGAAAAAUGCUCAUCUGUGGCUGUUGAGGCAGGUCUAGCAGCCAAGUUGUUGCUUGUUAUUCAAAGUGGAUGCAACCCUGUGUUGAAGCAACGGUCUGCUGAGCUCUUGAAACUAUGCAGUCUAAAUUACUCAGAGACCAUUUUCAUUUCCAAGUGUAAGCUUACCAAGACAAUGCAAUGAGGUGACAUGGUGUUGUUCAUACGGUUCAACUAAAGUCCGUUCUAUACCCGCAAGGGCAAGGUGCGCUCAACAGCUCGCGGAAUCUGUAUAAUUGGACAAGGAGGUACCUACUUGUACAUAUUAAAGAGCUUUAGCUUUCAUGAAAAAGGCUUCAUAAUGUGGAUUAUAGAUAAAAUGCUUAUAUCAGACUAUGGUUCGGUGCCUUCCAUUUGAUCUUUCUACUGAGGUUUUCCAAUAACGUAUGGCACACAGUGGUUUCAAAUUUAUUCAUUCAAAUCUUUGUAGUCACUUAGACCGGUGAUUUGAUUGCCUUAUUGCUACAAUUGAAUGCUAUAGCUCAUAUUCACUAUGUAAAAUGGGGAAGAAUGUCCAGCAAAGCUAGUGUUUGAAAUUGUAAUUGUACACAUUUCUUUUGGGAUUCUCCGAGUUUAUCCCAAUUCCCAAAUUUUCCCCUAUUGUUUUUAGAAAGUCCUUAGUGACUUUCACUUCUUUGCUCUUUCGGAAGGUUUCACUCGGGAGUUCUUUUUUUCAUUGCGGAGAUUGUCAUUUGUAAAAAAACAACAACAUUUCCAAUAUGAAAUCAGCAUUCACAAUGGAUUCAAUUUUCCCUUCUCAA